UCAAGGAAGUGCAGGAAAACUGUUCACUGAUAAUAUUUUUUGUUAUUUUUAACAAAUGCAAUUAUGUAAAUCAUGUAAUAUUGUUUUAUCAAGAUGAUAGUGAGAUAACUAUUCCCCCGUAAUGGACAAUUUAAGUGUGCGAGUGAUCGGCAGGACAAAAAACUAGGUGGUGCGUGACAGAAUACCGCAUAGGAUAGAAACUGGAAAUUAAUUAAAUUUAAUCUCAUUCUGCCGUUUAUUUUCUAGUUGUGACCUUCCAUGUCGUAAUAGAAGUAAUUAGGAACGAUACUCUAGCUGUUUUCAUUAAAAAUAAUCGUCAUAACAUUUGACCCAGUUACGUACGGUGGCGUGUGCGUUGACCUAUGGACGUGAAUGCGGACAAGAAGCACGAUGUUAUUUUUAGGAUAUGUACAGCUUUGCAGAUAAUUAAAUAUUUAUAAAUGCCGUUCACGGUGCCGGAUUGAGAAAUUAACUGCAAAGUUUGCUGCUGCGAUUGUCACUUGGAAUGGUGAUAUUCUGCUGCCAAACCAGUUGUGUAAAAUAUAUUGCAUGGGUGCAACAGUGAUACAGUAAUCUAAUGGAGAUAUGCCAAAACAAACCUAAAUAAAUAGCCAAAUUGUCUAAAUUAUGACUUCCUUCAUGGGGAUCAAUUUAUGGAUAGAAUUUCAUUCAUAAAAACAGUUUUUAUGAGUUUUUCCCGUAAUAUAAACAAACUGCCAGUUGUGAUUUUACAAUGGAGAUCAGAUUACCUGACUAAAGAAAUUCUAAAUUAUAAGAAAAAAGCUGGAAAGCAUAUCAUCUAUUACUAGCUAGCCUGAUUGUGAGGCUGUAUGUUGAACGUAGCCCCAAAAUGAGUUCCGAAUUUGAAUGUUUGUGAACCUUGUUGUACGGAAGCUGCAAUGGUGACUUAGCAUCGAAAAUAAGUAUUAAACAUAAGACAAUAUGGUGUUUAUUGACUGAUUGGGACAACAAUAAAGUGGGAUUUACCUGGGCCUUACGCCCUAAGGCCGGGGUAGCCCUCGGCAGUGAUGAAGAAGCAAAAUGUCCGCACUCUAUCGUUAAUUGUGUGCACAUUUACCUAUUUGCUAGUGGGUGCAGCAGUUUUUGAUGCCUUGGAGUCUACCACUGAACGACACAGAUUUGAGGUGCUGCAAGCAAUCGAAGGCAUUAUCAUAAGAAAAUACAACAUCACGGAAGAGGACUUCCGUGUGAUGGAAACAGUGGUCCUGAAGUCGGAGCCACACAAAGCCGGUCAACAAUGGAAGUUCACUGGGGCCUUCUACUAUGCCACUACCGUGCUUACAACGAUUGGCUACGGUCACUCGACGCCAGCCACGAUCGGCGGCAAGCUGUUCACGAUGUUCUACGCCAUCGUCGGCAUCCCGCUCGGCCUCAUCAUGUUCCAGAGCAUCGGUGAACGGGUUAACAGGCUUAGCAGCGUAAUAAUAAAGUCAAUAAAGAAAGCCAUGGAGUGCGAGCAAAUCAACGCCACCGAGGUGGACCUAAUCUGCGUGGUGACGACGCUGUCUUCGCUGACCAUCGCGGGCGGCGCCGCAGCCUUCUCCAAGUUCGAGGGAUGGAGCUAUUUCGAUAGUGUUUAUUACUGCUUCAUCACCUUGACCACUAUAGGUUUCGGCGACAUGGUGGCUCUCCAGCGAGACAACGCGCUCAACCGCAAGCCGUCGUACGUGAUGUUCGCGCUCAUCUUCAUCCUGUUCGGGCUGGCCAUCGUGGCCGCCUGCCUCAACCUGCUCGUGCUGCGCUUCGUCACCAUGAACACCGAGGAUGAGAAGCGCGACCAGCAGGCGCAGGAGCAGGCGCAGCAAGUGGCAGUGCGGUUGGAAGGUGACGUCAUCACGGCGGAUGGCGCGGUGUUACGCGGCGUAUCACGCGGCACAAGGCUGCCUGCCGACAACCGCCAGCGACCACAAGGCGACGCGUCGGUGAUGCCGCUGUACGUGGACGAGGAGUACGCGCCCAGCGUCUGCAGCUGCUCUUGCGGCUGCUGGGGCGCCAACAAAUCCAACGCCCCCUACCGGGACCCGCUGUCACCAGUGCCUCCCACCAACAUAAAGCACAUAAAAUCCAAAGCGUACCGGGAACUUGGCAGCAUUCCCCGGUAUAUCGAAAAGUCGUCCUCCAAAGAUCGCUCCCAAUCCCUAAGACUGAAUUCUGCGUCGGGAUACCUGUAUAUGAACGCGAGGAACGACUUCCAGUUCGAUCCUGAAGAUUUUAGGGAGAUGGUCGCUAAGAGACGGGAACAGCUACGUAAGGGCAUGAUGAUGUAUGAUAUCAGGUACAACAAUAACGAGCAACUACUCGGGUACCGCGCGUCGGCGCCGCGCGAGUCGCCGCCGUCGUCGCUGUGGUCGCGCGCCGCGCGCAGCCGCGACCCGCUCGUCGACGACUACGACUCCGAGAAGUCGUCCUACGCCAGGAAGAAGCUGCUCAAGAAUAUAGCUAGGGACACACCAGUUUCAGCUAAUCCAAUCUCCUCAAAGGAGGGAGAAACUCCUCCAAAACAAAGCAAGAUAGGUGACCUGUUAAGAAACUUAAGGUCACACCAUUUGCAGCUUCGCCUAUUCCCUCAGAGAAGCAAGGAACUGCUCCAGAACAUACCAAGACACCUCAACAACGAGCAACUACUCGGGUACCGCGCGUCGGCGCCGCGCGAGUCGCCGCCGUCGUCGCUGUGGUCGCGCGCCGCGCGCAGCCGCGACCCGCUCGUCAACGACUACGACUCCGAGAAGUCGUCCUACGCCAGGAAGAAGCUGCUCAAGAAUAUAGCUAGAGAAGAGAGAAAAUGCUCCAGAAUAAAGCAGGAACUGCUGCUCCAAAUCAAAGCAGGAACUGCUCCAAAACAGAGCAGAAACUGCUCCAAAAUAUAG